GAAACAUGAAGGUUGGGGGCUUACUUACCUAAUCUAAGCCCAAGGGUACGUUCAUUCCAUUCGCACUGGCCCCCUUCCCUGGAAAGUUAAUCAAAGAUACAUCACCUGCGAACGGAACAGUACCCGGGGUUUAGCUGAGAGAUACUCUGAACUUAAAGUACCUCUCACCACGAGAGAUACUUGCGGGAACUGGCAGACGAGAUAAUAAACAGGAAUCCCACACCACCAGGCGUGGCAUGCCGCGCCGUUUUCGACAUGACAGUUCAGGUUAUCAAUCCCAUCACCUCAACCAACCCCCAAACACAUCAUGUCAGGGCCAAACCAUCAACACCAGCGACACGGUGGCGAGAUGUUGCGCAUGUCUGGGUACACUGCACAUCCACAAUAGUCACUCGGAGAAGGUAGUGACGAUGAUGGUUAAGUAAGGUAAAAAAAACCUAGAAAGGGCAAGAUACCAACGUUGGCCUUGACCUCACCCGACAUCCGUAGCUCGCACGAAAUUCGCCGCCAUCGUGCCGACAUCUUCACUCACGCCAGACCAUUGCCAUGUGGUGCAAGACGGUUAUUCCUGGAUUCGUCAAGGUACCCAAGGCAAUCACCCAGGGAAAAGGAAGAGUCCUCCCACGCUCUCCCGCCAGCGCCCACCCAUGUGCGCCCGUCAGAUGGUCGAGAAACAGCCUCUGAGUGGUGGAUGUGGGGGACCAACCAGAUAAGACGCACUGCAACC